CUUUCUUUUUCUUCUCUGUAGUCGGCAGCAGAAUACGUGAAGUCCCGCUUACCAGAAGUCCUAAAGCAACACCUUCAGGAUUAUGAGAAGGAUAAGGAGAACAGUGUGUUGUCCUAUCAAACCAUCCUGGAGCAGCAGAUUCUCUCAAUUGACCGAGAAAUGCUGGAAAAAUUGACUGUAUCCUAUGAUGAGGCAGGAACAACAUGUCUGAUUGCUUUACUGUCAGAUAAAGAGCUCACAGUGGCCAAUGUUGGUGAUUCAAGGGGGGUCUUGUGCGAUAAGGAUGGAAAUGCUAUUCCUUUGUCUCAUGAUCACAAGCCCUAUCAGCUGAAAGAAAGAAAGAGAAUUAAAAGAGCUGGUGGCUUCAUUAGUUUCAACGGUUCCUGGCGUGUUCAGGGGAUCCUGGCCAUGUCUCGUUCUCUUGGGGAUUACCCGUUGAAAAAUCUGAAUGUUGUCAUCCCUGAUCCAGAUAUCUUGACCUUUGACCUGGACAAACUCCAGCCAGAGUUCAUGAUCUUAGCUUCUGAUGGGCUAUGGGAUGCUUUCAGUAAUGAGGAGGCAGUGCGGUUCAUCAAGGAACGUUUAGACGAGCCACAUUUUGGAGCCAAGAGUAUAGUGCUCCAGUCUUUUUAUAGGGGAUGCCCUGACAACAUUACAGUCAUGGUGGUUAAGUUCAAGAGCAGCAACAAAAUGGAAGACCAGUGAAAGAAAGAAGGAAGGAAAGAAGGAAAGCAAGAAAAGUAAUACCACUCUUUGUCUCUCCCUUGGCGAACUUCUUCAUUUAAUCUUUACACUUCAACACAGUAGAGAGCUGUAGCAAGUAUAUUAGUAUUAAGAUUGUACAUCCAAAAA